CUGAACAAAUUUCUAGAUUUCCUCUCUGCAACUUAAAUCCCUGGUUUCCUCAUACAAUUCUUCAAUAGAAUGGCUGCUGAAUUGAUGGGUGGAGUUUCCUUUCUGCUUUUCUUCAAGUUUUGUUCGAUAGGAUGGCAUCUCCUGAAGUCGUAGACUUCAUCAGGGGAGAGAAACUGAACCGCCCACUGUUCCAAAAGUUGAAAUCCACCUUGCUGUCCAUCAAUGCCGUGCUGCACGAUGCAGAAGGGAAGCAAAUCGUGAAAUGCAAUGUAAAGAAGUUGCUUAACGAACUUAAAGAUGCUGUUUAUGAUGCCGAGGACCUCAUGGAUGAAGUUUCAACUGAAGCUUUGCGAUGCAAGCUUGAAGCUGAAUUCCAAACCAGCACCACCAAGGUACGCAAGUUUUUCACUUCCCUAAACCCAUUUCAUAAGAGAACUGAAUCUAAGCUGCUAGAGAUACUGGAGAGGGUUGAGUAUCUUGAAAGACAGAAAGAUGUUCUUUCUUUGAGAGAAGGGUUUGGGGAAAAGUGUUUGAGUAAAUUACCAGCCACUUCCUUGGUGGAUGAAUCGAAUGUAUAUGGGAGGGAUGAUGAUAAAGAAACUAUAAAGAAGUUGUUGGACACAGAUGAUUCAAGAAGCGACGGGAUUGGGGUAGUUGCUAUAGUUGGUAUGGCUGGGAUCGGGAAGACUACCCUUACCCAAAUUAUCUACAACGACAACAAAAUGAAGGAAGUGUUUAAGUUUGACCUCAAAGUAUGGGUUUGUGUUUCAGAAAACUUUGUUUUCCGAGUGACGAAAGCGAUUCUCGAGGCGAUAACUUGUUUGAGUUGUGAUGUUGGGGAACUUAAUUUGCUUCAAGUUAAGCUGACUGAUUGUUUGAUGGAUAAGAAGUUUCUGCUAGUCUUGGACGAUGUUUGGAAUGAAAAUUAUGUCCAUUGGGAGGCCUUGAAGAAACCUUUAACUCAUGGAGCUCAAGGGAGCAAGGUCAUUGUCACCACACGAAAUGAAAGUGUUGCAUGCACUGUUCCUUCUUAUUAUCUGAAGCAGUUGGUUCUUAUUUUCCAAGCAUGCAUUUGGUAAUAGAAGUUCCAAAGAGGACGUAGUGAACCUAGAAACCAUUGGUAAAGAAAUUGUGAAAAAGUGCCAUGGCCUACCUUUAGCAGCCAAAACAGUCGGAGGUCUCCUUCGAUCCAAAAGGGAUGUCAAUGAAUGGCGUAAUGUGUUGGAGAGCAAUAUCUGGGAUUUAUCAAAUGAUGAUGAAAACAUUGCUCCUGCUUUA